UGCGAAUUCGGUUAUUUAUCCCCCCUUCGCUCUCUGGUGGUUAUUAUAUGACUAUUCAACGGUGAAAUUUUGAGCUGGAGCGGCAGCUUGUGGAUACGGUGGUGGCACACUUGUGUAUUUGUGUAUGUCUGUGGUGAGCGCGUGUGAGUCAGUGUGUGCGUGUGUGAUUUUAUGUCCUCCCGGCUCAGCCUCCCGCGCUUCAGCUGUGAACACAGAGCGAAGUUGUCGGGGUGGUCUCGGCCCAUACAGUCAUUGGUCUCCGCAGAGGAUCACAGUUGCGCUUUUCUUGAAGAGCUCGAGCUCUAGCAGGGAUAAAGACGCGGGAGGCGCGACCUGAGCUUCCGGGUGUCUUUUGGCUAGAGAAAGAGCUCGAGAAUGUCCUUGUAUGACUGGAGCCAAGUCUUUACCCGUGUUUGGAGCACGGAAUUACCCCCGUUUUGAACUUGUUGCUGGUUCGUUUCCACCCUCUUGCCAAGGGGAGACUAUUCUGGAUACUUUUGUGUGCAGUGAGGAUUCUUUUAUAUUAGAAAGACAACGGAAAGCUUUUUUUCAAACCAGUCGCUUUUACGCAGAGAUGUCCUCUCGCCGCGCUGUGGUUCUGUGAUCGCCCACCGGAGCGUCGAGAGCUCUUCACCCGGACCGGGUAGCACACAGUGGGUCACCAUGUCAGCGGGAGUGGCGGCGUGGUUACCGUUCGCCCGGGCGGCUGCUAUAGGAUGGAUGCCGGUAGCCAGUGCGCCCAUGCCGACGCCCCCGCCGGACAACCGGCGAAAACAGGACGGCCUCAUCUUGCUCAAUGUCAGCGGUCAGAAGUUCCAGACGUGGCGGAAUACUUUGGAGAGGUACCCGGACACUUUACUGGGCAGCACGGAGCGGGAAUUCUUCUUCCACGAGGAGACAAACGAAUACUUUUUCGACCGUGACCCGGAUAUUUUCAGACACAUUCUGAACUUCUAUCGUACCGGGAAGCUGCACUACCCGCGCCAGGAGUGCAUCUCGGCCUACGAUGAGGAGCUGGCUUUCUUUGGAAUCAUACCGGAGAUCAUAGGGGACUGCUGCUAUGAAGAGUACAAGGACCGGCGGCGGGAAAACCAGGAGAGGAUCCAGGAUGACGAAGACAGCGAGAACCAGAACGAUAUGGUCCCGCCGGAUAUGACAUUCAGAGAAACCAUGUGGCGGGCAUUCGAGAACCCCCACACGAGCACCAUGGCCCUGGUGUUUUAUUACGUCACUGGCUUCUUCAUUGCGGUUUCCGUGAUGGCCAACGUGGUGGAGACGGUCCCGUGCGGGACUUUGCCAAACCGGGUCAAACAGGUGUCGUGCGGGGAACGGUACGCCUUGGCAUUUUUCUGUCUGGAUACGGCCUGCGUCAUGAUCUUCACGGUGGAGUACCUGCUGCGUCUAAUGGCUGCGCCCAGCCGCUGGAACUUCAUCAAGAGCGUGAUGAGCGUCAUCGACGUGGUGGCCAUCAUGCCCUACUACAUCGGCCUAGUCAUGACGGACAACGAAGAUGUCAGCGGGGCCUUCGUCACCCUGAGGGUCUUCAGAGUUUUCAGGAUUUUCAAAUUCUCCCGCCACUCUGCGGGGCUGCGCAUCCUGGGCUACACGCUGAAGAGCUGCGCUUCGGAGCUGGGCUUCCUGCUCUUCUCCCUCACCAUGGCCAUCAUCAUCUUCGCCACCGUUAUGUUCUACGCCGAGAAGGGCUCCUCAGCCAGCAAGUUCACCAGCAUCCCAGCAGCCUUCUGGUACACCAUCGUCACCAUGACAACUCUGGGAUAUGGAGACAUGGUUCCUAAGACCAUUGUGGGGAAGAUCGUUGGUUCUGUCUGUUCUUUGAGCGGUGUGUUGGUCAUCGCCCUGCCUGUGCCCGUCAUCGUGUCCAACUUCAGCCGCAUUUACCACCAGAGCCAGCGGGCAGACAAGAGACGUGCCCAAAAGAAAACCAAGCUUGCUAGAAUUGCCGCGAGGAAGAGUGGAGGGACUAACACUUAUUUGCUGUAUAAACACAACGAGCUGCUGAGUGACCUCAUCGACGAGGCGUCAAAGGCAGCAGGCCAGGCGCUGGUGUGCAAGGCCAACCCCAUGUUCGAUACACACCACAAUCACCUAUUGCACUGCCUGGAGAAGACCACGAAUCAUGAGUUUGUGGAUGAGCAAACGUUUGAGACCAGCCUGCUGGAGGUUUCCAUGGUGAAGCACCCACCUUGCUCCCCCUCCCUCUCCUCUGGCUCCUCCUCCCAAGGCCUGUCGUGCUGCUCGCGACGCAACAAGAGGAAGAGCUUCAACGUGCCCAACUCCAACAUGACUGGAGGGCAUAGGAACAGCAUCCAGGAGCUUAGCACCAUCCACAUCAGAGAGAGACCCAUCACUAACAGUCGCUCCAGUCUGAACGCUAAGUUCGAAGAGACGGUGCCUCUGAACUGCAAGCAGCCCUACAUCACGGCGGCCGUCAUCACACUGCCCACGCCGCCCAUCACCACGCCCGAGGAUGACUACUCCCAGGCCAACAUCGUCAGGGUGUCCGCUCUCUAGGCCCCUCGCCCCCCCGCCACCACCAUCACCAUGACAACCCUACGACAGAGAGAGAGAGAGAGAGAGAGGGAGAGAGAGAUAGAAGAGAGACCCUUCCCUGCUCCAUUCAGAGAACGGUGUUUGCAGGGGGGGAAAGGGGUAAGGGGGAGGUGUAGUAGUUGGGGGGACAGUUUAGACAAACUAAGGCUGCAGGACCCUUUUUGUUUUCCUACACGUAGCUACUACAAGUCUGCUCUUGUGGUGAAAUAACGUUGCAGUGUAAAGCUGCAACACAAAGCUCCGCCUUGGAUUUUUUGGUGGGGGAGAGACUGCGAUGCCGUGGCGAUUGAGUUAGCGCCUAGCAACGGACACACCAAUGGAGAGCUUUUAGCCAACUGGAUAACUAACUAACUGCAGCUACUCCUUCCAAACACUCUUUAAUGGAAAACUUACCAUUACUAUUUUUCAAUAUUGUGUGUCUUUAAAUGUGAUGUCUUAAAACUGAAAUGGGGGGGUGGAAUUUGUUUGGGUUUGUAUUGUUUGUUAAGACCGUGAGUUUGACUAGAGGAGAUGUAUAUUUGCCAUGUUCUGAAAUGUGUGAAGUAGGAGAGAAAAGAAAAAUACAUUUCAAAUAUUUUGACAAAAAGGAGAGCAAGGGGGUGUGUGCACUGUGUGUGCAUGUUUGUGUGUGUACAUAUUUUCCUACCUUAUCAGGACCAGAAUUUCCUGAAAAGUCACCAGAAUGUCCUGACAAGGUAGGAAAACAAGAAAAUGUUUGAAAAGUCAGGACUGAAUUUGUUAAAAUCCAAUUUUAGGCUUAUGGGUUAGGUUUAUGGUUUGGGGUUAGGGUUAAGUUUAAGGUUAGGUUUAGGGUUAGGAGUUAAGGUUUACGGUUAGAGGUUUGGGGUUAAGGUUAGGGUUAAGGUCAGGUUCAGGGCAGAGUAUGUGAGUGGAGCGGAGCUGGAGAGGAGCAAGGAGCAGAGAGUGCCCAAUUUGACUGGAGCUCGGAGCGAGAUUCCCAAAGGCUGGCGUCCUUCUCGCCC